AUGGCGAGCGGAAUCCCUCGCCCGCUGUCGGAGCUCUCACCGACAGAGAUGAGAAGAAACUCACCCAGCUGGCAUAGACAAUCGAACGGUUCUCCAAAGAAAUCUCCAGGAAACCCCGAUUCUUCGCCUUUCCAAUCUUCACCUUCAGAAGUCACCUCUCCACGUCUGUUUUGGCAGAACCGCAACACAGAAAACAUCUUCGGUCCUGGAUCACCAUCAUCACACCGCCGCUCUUCCAUCGAGCGUCUCCAGAAGGCCUCCCGGGUCAAGAACAGCAACAUUCUAGCACUCGAGCAAAAGCAGGAAUAUGACCCUACUCGACUUCCUCAGAUCGAAAGACCGCUUGCUAAGGUCCAAGCAAACUCGUUCCAUGGAUCGACUGCGUCAUUCCGCUCAUCGACCACUGACCGCCCCAACUUUGGUCACUCCCGUACUGAAAGCACAAUGACAGUUCCCACCAUCAGCCCAACCAGAUCUUCCGCCUCUCAACCCGGAGGCUCACCGAACCGUCCCCUCACCCCCAGCCGAGAUCAAGUGUCACCUACCAAGUCGUCCCUAUCCCACUCCCGGUUCAAGAACAGCUUUGAUAUGGAAACGGGUACCUGGACCUUUGGUUCUCCCGAGGAGGACGAAGAUCUUCCUAUGGGUCGCCGCCAUGCAAAGAGCGUUACUUUUGAUGCUGCCCCUCCACAGAUCAACGAGUAUGAAAUGGCAACUCCCGACCUUUCAUCUAUCGGAACCAACUCUCGCGAGGGAAGCUGCGAGUCGCUAGACUAUGAAGAAGAAGACAGUGACGUGCUUUACGAUCCUGGCCAUGUCGAUCUUGAGGGCGACAGCUUCGAUGCAUCGCUCGAGGACACAGACAAAACACCCGUCGUCGGUCCAGAUGACUGGAGAGGAGACAGCCCGAUGACGACCCGCACUGCCCCGCGGGAGUUUGAUGGCAGCCCAAUGCCCGAAACACCUCGGGCCUCAUUGAACGGUGGCCGUCCCCUGCACGUCCGCUCUGAUUCCACUGCUUCUAGCGGUGAGCACCGGCCUCUGCCACCUCUCCCCGGCUUCUUGAGUCACUCCCGUAACAACUCAGCACCAUCCUCUCCCGCUUCCCCAAGCCUGUCGGCUACCGCGGAGAGGAUGCUUGGAAACCAGAGGAACCUACCAUCCCCCCCUGCCGCCUCCUCUGCGAGCAAGCUGGAUAUCCAAAGCAUUGGUAAUGCCAAGAUGUCGCUCGAGGAACGACUAAGGCUCAUGAUGCUGUCCGAUGACAAUGACGGCAAGAGUGCGGCCGAGCAGCAGCGUGAGCGUCGCCUUCGUAGGGGUAAUGGUCGACGACUCAGCAGCCCCCUCUCGGAGCCCGAGGACUCAAUGAUGAGCUUCAACGACGCUCUUGAGGAGCAAGAUGACAUGGUUGGCGAAAUGUCCGCUCUUGAAGACUACCAGUUGCCUCCUCGUAUCUCGCGUGACUCCAUCAUGCGCAAGGUCAAUGGCAACAACAAGCCCGCCGACCAGGACAAGGACUGCAUCUUCACUUCUCCUCCCGCCUCACGAAGCCCCAGUAGAAGUCCCGAAAGGCAAAUCCCUGAUGAUCCUGACGUUCCUAUCCCUUCCACCGAAGACUCUCUCUUGUCAGAGGAUGACGAGACAGAGGAAGAGGAGGGUAGCGUUAUCAUCAGGAGAAUGCCUGACAGCGAGAUUGAGUUUUAUGAGGACUCCGAUGUCGAUUUUGAUGAGGACGAAUCCAGGCUGGAGCUUCCCGUGGAUGAUGACAGCGAGAGCCAUUACUCUUCGCAAGAGCCCACGCCACAGGAGAUCAAGCCUGAGGAGAUUGAAGCCAAAUUCCAGGAGCAGGUCUCAAAGUCUGAGCCUGAGCCUGAGGAGAUUCAAGAGGAGGUGAUUACUCCAACAACUGCUACUCCUACGCAAAAUCAGAGCAUGUCUUCGCUUCUUGAUUUCGCUUCUCAUGACAAGGAUGCCUCGUUCUCCCGAGACUUCGAGUCUUACAUGCUUCCUGAGCCUGAGAAGCCCGAGGAACCAGAGGAACCUGUCAAGGAAGACAAGGAGCCUUUGCCUGAGCCUCCCAAGAUGGCAGAUGCCCAUGCCUUCCUUCAGCGCCCUUUCACUCCUGAGCAGCCUCUCUCCAAGCCUGAGUACGAUGGUACUGGGUGGGGUGAUCCUGAAGAUGAGUACGACGACGAUUGCCCAAGCACGCCAGACUCGGUCAUUCAUCACCCAGUCCCUGCUAUUGAGGAACCUGAGCUGCCCGCCAUCCCCGAGCGAACCGCCACAAUCAAGGCGACUGGUUCAAAGCUCAAGACCCGUCUCUCUAACACACCUUCUGACAUCACUGCUAUGAGGGAAGCCCGCCGACAUGUCAGCAUGGAGGUUCCCGACGUGCCACCAAUUCCUGACAAGCAUACCAAGCGACUUUCCAAGGAUAACAGCGGACUUCUAGUUACCGGCGAUGAUUUUAUCAACCGACAUCCUAGCUUCAAGAACCGCAGCUUGACUUUGGAUCUCGAUCUAGGUCUCAGCCUCGACCAAGACUUUGAACGAGUCAUUGAGGCACAAAAGGUGGCUUACAACGACCCCUUCCUUACCCAACCUCCAACAUACAAUUCCAGCCCCAGUAGACAAGUGUCUACAACAAGAACUCAACAACACAACCAUGAAGAACUUGAUGCUAACGUAACAUUCCGUCGCCAGCGCGGUUAUCUUAUGCGACAAAACACGAAGGUUGUCACCGCCAGUGACAAGGAUACAGAAGAAUUCCGAGUUGCCAGAUCCGUCGGAAACUCUCCUAUCAAGGAGGAUAGACCGAUGUCAUGCAUCGUCGAGCCAUGGAAUGGAAAACCUCGCCAGCGAAGUGUCCGAAAGCGUACCGGUGGUAGCAUUGGACCCGUUCCUCCCUUGCCUGGUCAAGAGAGUAACGCAACAGCUGUCAGCCAGGCUCCUGUCGAUGAGGAUUUGGCUCUCGAGAUGGCUACACCGGAAAGCGGAGAGAGAGGUCGUCUUUUCGUCAAGGUCAUGGGUGUCAAGGACCUGGACCUGCCUCUUCCAAGAAGUAAGUACCGGCAUGAAAAGAUUGAAAGGACGAAUCUAACGGUAGCAGAUGAGCGUACUUGGUUCAGUCUCACCCUUGACAAUGGUGUUCACUGCGUGACAACAGCCUGGCUCGAGCUAGCACGCAACGCUCCUAUCGGUCAGGAAUUUGAGCUUGUCGUGCCCAACGACCUCGAAUUCCAGCUCACACUCAAUGUCAAGCUCGAGAAGCCCAUUGAGCGUAUUAAGCCACCACCACCUACCGUCAAGGUUCACAAGCACAAGACGUCAACCUUCAGCAGAGUGUUUGCGUCCCCCAAGAAGCGCAAGGAACUCGAACUUCGCCAACGUGAAGAAGAGGAACGAGCCGUGCAGCUGCAGAAGGAUGCCCAGGCUAAGCAGCGCAACACUCCUCCCACAGCAUAUGAGCUUCUUUCUCCUCUGGCUGCUGAGGACGGUAGCUUCGGUCGCGCUUACGUCUGCCUUCGAGAACAUGAGAGCCGAUGUUUCGGUCGUCCGUACCUUGCUGAAGUUGCCUGCUUCAACGAGUGGGCAAUCGAGGAGGCUGGCUUUGCUUCCAGUGUCAAGAGCAAACGUGGUAACACAAAUGUUGUCCGCCGUGCUCCCUACAAGGUGGGCAAGCUGGAGCUUCAGCUUCUAUUCGUCCCUCGCCCCAAGAAUGCCACGGACGAGGACAUGCCCAAGAGUAUGAACUCGUGCAUUCGCGAGCUCAAGGCUGCCGAGGAAAGAAUGUCCCGCAACUGGGAGGGACACCUGAGCCAACAAGGUGGUGAUUGCCCUUACUGGCGCCGCCGAUAUUUCAAGCUUGUUGGUACCAAGCUCACUGCUUACCAUGAGGCAACUCGCCAGCCUCGAGCUACCAUCAACCUAGCCAACGCCAAGCGCUUGAUCGACGACCGUAGGGCCUUGACAGAAAAGGAGACUACUGGCAGGGGUGGUCGACGUCGUCGCUCAGCGUUUGCGGAAGAUGAAGAGGGCUACAUGUUUGUUGAAGAAGGAUUCCGCAUUCGAUUCAACAACGGUGAGCUUAUCGACUUCUACGCAGACACUGCUGCAGAUAAGGAAGGCUGGUUGAAGGUCCUUACCGAUGUUGUCGGACGUGACAGCCCAGAAGAAGAAUCUUCAAAUCAGCGCUCAAAAGCCAAGUGGUGUCAGUUGGUUCUUCGACGAGAGGAGCAACUGCGCCGACGCGCAUCGGGUCGCCGAGUGAACUCAAGACCUAAGAGCAUGUUCCUCUAA